AUGGCUAAUCGAGAUAUUUUGCCUGUCUCUCUGAGGCCUUCUAACUAUUCUCUCAUUAUUACCAAUUUGGACUACAACACAUGGACUUAUACGGGAUUUGUAGAAAUCAACGGAGAAUUCACUUUACCCACAACCAAGGUGGUACUCAAUGCCUUGGAUCUCGAAAUUAACAAAACAACACUAUCCUACGACUCUACAAUCUCUGAAGCCAUAUCGAUUGCCCACGAUGAUCAAGUACAACAAGCAACGAUAACUUUCAAAGAAGAAGCACCUGUUUCCAAGCCAUCAAAAUUAUCAUUGAGCUUUACUGGCAAAAUCCGUCAUGACAUGACGGGCUUUUAUCGGUCAAAAUACACACCUGCUACUCCUGCCGCUGCUUCCACACUCGGCUCUGAUGCCUCUCACUAUAUGCUCAGCACCUUCUUUGAGCCUGGGUAUGCACGAAUGGCUUUGCCUUGCUUUGACGAGCCGAAUCUAAAGUCCCCCUUUGAUCUGGCCAUUGAAAUACCCGGAGAUCAAGUUGCACUAAGUAAUAUGCCUGUCAAGAAGAUCACCCCUGUGGUCGACAAACAAAACCGAGUGCUUGUUACUUUCGAGCGCUCUCCCAUUAUGAGUACCUAUCUACUAGCAUGGGCAGUUGGCGAUUUUGAAUACGCCGAAGCAUUUACAGACCGUCUAUACUCAGGACGUCCGCUGCCUGUCCGGGUUUACACAACCAGAGGAUUAAAGCACCAAACUCAAUGGGCUUUACAACACGCAACCAAGUUCAUUGACUAUUUCAGCGAAAUAUUUGGCACUGAUUACCCUCUUCCCAAGUCAGACAUCUUGGCAGUACACGAGUUUUCUAGCGGUGCCAUGGAAAACUGGGGUUUGGUGACAUAUCGUGUCAGUGCAAUCUUGUUUGAUGAGCAAACCUCCGAAGAGAGAUUCCGAGAUCGCAUCGCGUACGUUGUGGCUCACGAACUCGCUCAUCAGUGGUUCGGCAACUUGGUUACCAUGGAUUGGUGGGAUGAUCUGUGGCUUAACGAGGGAUUUGCUACUUGGGCAGGUUGGCUGGCCGUUGCUCACGUCCAUCCAGACUGGGAAUUUUGGACCCGAUUCGUUAAUGAGGGGAUGCAGUCAGCAUUCGAGGCAGAUUCUAUUCGUGCCUCGCAUCCAAUUCUAGUUCAGGUUGGAAAUGUUUCAGCUGUAUCUCAGCUUUUCGAUCUAAUCAGUUAUCGCAAAGGCGCGUCUAUUAUUCGUAUGCUUGCGAGUCAUAUCGGCUUAAAUACGUUCCUUGAUGGUAUAUCACUAUACCUCAAGCAACAUGCAUAUGGUAAUGCAGUCACAGACAACUUAUGGGACGCACUAUCUGAGGUUUCCAAGGUGGAAGUAAGGGAUUUUGUGCAGCCGUGGAUUCAGAAUAUGGGCUUCCCUGUUGCAUCUAUAGAAGAAAACGGGAACCAAAUCACCGUGAGACAAACCAGGUUUCUCUCAACAGGUGAUGUAAAACCCGAAGAUGAUACAACCGUCUGGUGGCUUCCACUAUCUCUCAAAGAUGUCUCUGAAAAGCAAAACACAUCAAACACAACUCUAGCUCAAAAACAAGAUACUUUCAACAUCGACAAGGAAUUUUAUAUCAUCAAUGCCAAUGCGAUUGGAUUUUAUAAAGUUAAUUAUCCUCCCGAGCGCCUAUCCAUUAUAGCUUCUCAGCUAAAUCGACUCAGCACCGAGGACAAGAUCUUCAUCGUCAGCUCGGCUGCGGAUAUGGCGUUUGCAGGCCUGAGCAACACAGCAGCGAUGUUGGAUUUGUUGAAAGCAUUUGGAAACGAGACGCACUACCGAGUGAUUAAACAGGUCUUGGACUCCGUCAACGUUGUCCGCUCUAUCUUUUAUCAUGACGAUGGCAUUAAAAGAGGGUUGGAUAAAUUCAUCCUUCAGCUAAUUGAAAAGAAUCUUGCGCUCUGUGGAUGGGAUACUCGACCAGAUGAAGACUAUAAUACAACGUUGACGCGAAGUCAAUUGCUUCUCGCAGCUGGGGCAAGCGGGCAUCCAAAUAUCUCAACAGAAGCAAAUCGCCGGUUUGUUGCUUACAAAUAUAAUCCCAUUUCUGAUCCUAUUCCUGCAAACCUUCGAGCCAUUGUCUUCCGAAUUGCUGUAGAAACAAAUCCUGUGGACGCUGUUCCCUUCAUCAUUGAGGAAUGGGAAAAUACGACCACUAUUGACGGGAAAGAAAUAUGUCUUACGGCGCUCGGCUACACAAAAGACUUGCAACUUGUCGAAUCAGAUAUCGUGCCUCCUGGUGAUAUGCAAUUCCUAGCGACAUCUCUCGCCGACAAUCCUGCAACUCGCCUCUUGCAAUGGACUUGGAUGAAGACCCAUUGGUCAAGCAUUGAGACGAAGAUUGGAAAGAAUUCUAGUCUUUUGGACCGCAUAGUUGGCGCAGUGCUUCAGACGUUGACUGAUGCAUCAACAUUGAUAGAAAUUGAGAGCUUCUUUAAAGAUAAAGACACUACUGCUUUUGCCCGCGCGUUGGAGAUAGAACUUGAAAUAGACAUUUUAGAAGCCAAUAUGGCUGGAUGA